AUGUCUCAAUUGUUAAAACCUAUAUCAGCUUCAUCCCCUUCCAAAACCAGAAGUGCAUUGUCAUAACACACAUAAUCAAAGAGUCCUCAUUACAAUGAGGCCUAAUAAGGUUCUACACUUCAAAAGUCUUAGUAGAGUUUGCGAAAUUCUCAUUAUACCAGUAAAUUUGAGAAGAGCAUUGAUAUGGAUAUGAAACAGAGUAACAGUUUUAUUAACCCUGAAUUCGAAAUCAAGAAACUCAUGAACUUAGUUGAAUUGCAAUAACAUGAAAUAAACAAUUGGAAGCGUCGAUAUGAACAAGCAGAAUAACGAGUAUCUUAUUAGUGUUUGUCCAACAAUACAGCUUAAGCAAUGAAGGAUUAUGAAAAUCAUUUAGAUUAAUUAACAAAUGAACUCAAAAAUUACAAGUCUAUUAACGAUGAUUUAAUUAAUAAAAUGAAAGAAAAAGACUCUCAGAUUGAGAAGUUGAAUAAACAAUAAGAUAUCUACAAAUAAUAGUUGAAUGACUACUAGUCUGAAUUAAAGUAUGCAUAGAAAGAAAAAGUUAAUUUGGAUUAAGAUGCUUCUAAACAAUUAUAUUAAUAAGAUCAAAGAUACAAUAAGAAUUUGAAAGAAAUUCAGUAGACUCAUUUUGAGUAAAUGUAAAUUAUGGAUGAUUAAGUCUAAAAAUUGUAAGAUGAAUUGAUGAGAAGAAAUUAAGUAAUUGAAUUUUAGAAAUAAGAAAUAAUGUAAUUAGAUAGCAUCAUUAAUGAGAUUAAAACAGGAGAAAAGACUUUGAUUUAAUCAUUAGAUACCUAUAAACUAAAAUAUUAAGAUUUAGAGGUUGAGAAAAGGAAGGAAAUUAAUAAGUAGAAUUAAACCUUCGAAUAAACCAUCAAAUAAUAAGAGAAAGAAUUUUUGGAUGAAAAAGAAUGUCUGAUUCAUAAAAUUAGUUAAUUACAAUAUGAAAUUGCUACAUUAAACUAAUAACAUUAAGAAUCAUAAAAUCUAAUCUCAGGGUUAUAGGAUGAAAUUCAAUCAUAAGUGGAGUAGAAUUGUUAUCUCUAAGAGUAACAUCAAAAUAGUACAUAAGAUUUAGAAUUAAAGUAUAAAAAAAUCAUUUAGGAACUUAAAAUUGAUUAUGAAUAAUAGAAAAUUAAAUUAUCUUAAGAGAAUUCAAAAUUAAAUUCUUAAUUGGAAAUUACUUCACAAUAACUUAGUGAAUAUUAAGAAUUGAAUCAAGAAUUAUAGAAUACUUUAGAUACUCUCAACUAACAUAAUCAAACCUAAUCAGAGCAAUUAAACAGAUUACAAAAUGAAUUUGAAUAAUUACAAUCAUAAUACGAAAAUGAUAUAACUGAAUAAAACUAUGAAAUUUAACAAUUAAAUGAUUAAAUUGAAUAACUUACAGAACUUUUAGAGUAGAGAUCAAAUGAACUUGAUGAUAACAGAUAGUUGAGAGGAGAAUUGGCAUUAAAGAAUAAUGAAAAUCAUCUAUUAAUUCAGAGAUUAUAAAAUGAAUUAGAAUCUUUAAAGUAAAAACUGAUUGAUUUGUAAAAACAGCAUCAAAUUCAAGGAUAAGUCAAACAGGAAAUAAGUAAAUCACAAUUUGAAUAAAUGAAAAGAUAAAUGGAGUCAAAAAUUGAAUUACUAGAAACUGAGAAUAAAACCAUAUUGUAUAAAUUCGAAAUGAAAUCAAGAGAGUGUGAAGAAUGGAAGCUGUAGCAUAAUAAAAAUUUAUGA